UGGGGAGCUCUUCCCACCAUUGAAGCAGCUUCUCGGCUUCUUCUCGAACCUCAGGCAGGUUCAGCCUACUCGCCUCCACUCCAGCCUCCACACCGGCCUCCACCAUGUCCAUCAGGGUGACCCAGAAGUCCUACAAGGUGUCCUCCUCCGGCCCCCGGGGUUUCAGCAGCCUCUCCUUCACUAGCGCGCCUGGCUCCCGCAUCAGCUCUGCCCUGUCCCGGGUGGGCAGCGGCAGCAGCUUCCGGGGUGGCCUGGGCAGCAGCAUGAGUGUGAUUGGGGGCUAUGGCAGGCCCGGCGGUAUGGGGGCCAUCACGGCUGUCUCAGUGAACCAGAGCCUGCUGAGCCCCCUUAAGUUGGAGGUGGACCCCAACAUCCAGGCCGUGCGCACCCAGGAGAAGGAGCAGAUCAAGACCCUCAACAACAGGUUUGCCUCCUUCAUCGACAAGGUGCGGCACCUGGAGCAGCAGAACAAGAUUCUGGAGACCAAGUGGAACCUCCUGCAGCAGCAGAAAACCGCUCGCAGCAACAUGGACAACAUGUUCGAGAGUUACAUCAACAACCUCCGACGGCAGCUGGACACCCUGGGCCAGGAGAAGCUGAAGCUAGAGGUGGAGCUUGGCAACAUGCAGGGCCUGGUGGAGGACUUCAAGAAUAAAUACGAGGAGGAGAUCAAAGAACGUGCAGACAUGGAGAAUGAAUUUGUCCUCAUCAAGAAGGAUGUGGACGAAGCUUACAUGAACAAGGUAGAGCUGGAGUCCCGCUUGGAAGGGCUGACCGACGAGAUCAACUUCUUAAGGCAGCUGUAUGAAGAGGAGAUCCGUGAGCUGCAGUCCCAGAUCUCGGACACGUCUGUGGUGCUGUCCAUGGACAACAGCCGCUCCCUGGAUCUGGAUGGCAUCAUUGCCGAAGUCAAGGCCCAGUACGAGGAAAUCGCCAACCGCAGCCGGGCUGAGGCUGAGACCAUGUACCAGAUCAAGUACGAGGAGCUGCAGACAUUGGCUGGGAAGCAUGGGGAUGACCUCCGUCGCACGAAGACGGAGAUUUCCGAGAUGAACCGGAACAUUAACCGACUCCAGGCGGAGAUUGAGGGCCUCAAAAACCAGAGGGCUUCCCUGGAGGCCGCCGUAGCUGAUGCCGAGCAGCGUGGGGAGCUGGCUGUGAAGGAUGCCAAUGCUAAGGUGGCUGAGCUGGAGGCCGCCCUGCAGCGGGCCAAGCAGGACAUGGCCCGGCAGCUGCGGGAGUACCAGGAGCUCAUGAACGUCAAGCUGGCUCUGGACAUCGAGAUCGCCACCUACCGCAAGCUGCUGGAGGGCGAGGAGAGCAGGCUGGAGUCUGGGAUGCAGAACAUGAGUAUCCACACUAAGACCUCCACCGGCUACUCAGGUGGGCUGGUCUCAGCCUACGGGGGCCUCAUGAGCCCUGGCCUCAGCUAUGCCAUGCAGUCUGGCUUGGGCUCUGGUGGGAGCUCUGCUUCCUCAAGCCGUGUCAGCUCCUCAAAGGCUGUGGUGGUGAAGAAGAUCGAGACCCGUGAUGGGAAGCUGGUGUCCGAGUCGUCUGACGUCCUGUCCAAGUGAACAACCACUGUGGUCUCUCCCAGCCUCCCCGCUCCAGUGGCUGCCAUAGAGCCUGUGGGGGAAGGAGCUGUGCAGGGGAGCAUCGGGAACGGGAGGCCCACCUAAGCCUCGCCCCAGUCCUCGGCCUACCCUUCGGGGGAGUCCACUGCCCUGGGUACCCCCUCUUGCCCCCAGCUAAAAGCCAAUUCAAGAGUCUUUUCCCAAAUAAAGCCUCAGAUGGCUCUGCCAAUCCCA